GAAUUUUUCUUAGUAUUUUACGUACAACUCCUUGCUUCCCCUCAAAGUAUAUUUAGGAGAACUCCAGAAAAACUAAACCUCUUUUAAACUACAACCACGACGUUCUUCUCUUCAUUCAUUUUUCUCUCUCCUCUCCUCCGCCGUUCGAUCUUCUCUGCGCCACUUCAUUUCACGCUCCUUAGAUCUUCAUUUUCACAGAUUGAGUGUGAGUUGUUUGAAAGAUGAGCGUGGUCGGAUUUGACUUUGGUAAUGAGAGCUGCGUUGUUGCUGUCGCAAGGCAAAGGGGGAUUGAUGUUGUUCUCAAUGAUGAAUCUAAGCGGGAGACCCCUGCUCUUGUCUGCUUUGGGGAAAAGCAGCGGUUUAUUGGGACAGCUGGAGCUGCAUCGGCCCUAAUGAACCCAAAAAAUACCAUUUCCCAGAUAAAAAGAUUAAUAGGCCGGCAAUAUUCCGAUCCCGAGCUCCAGAGGGAUCUUAAGUCUUUGCCAUUCACGGUGGCUGAAGGGCCUGAUGGGUUCCCCCUGAUUCAUGCGAGGUACCUGGGGGAGACCAGGGCAUUUACCCCGACUCAGGUGUUGGGUAUGCUUUUUUCAAAUUUGAAAAGCAUAGCAGCGCAGAAUUUGAAUGCUGCAGUUGUGGAUUGUUGUAUCGGUAUCCCAGUCUACUUCACUGAUCUUCAGAGAAGGGCUGUUCAAGAUGCAGCAGUGAUUGCUGGACUUCAUCCUCUGCAAUUGAUUCAUGAGACAACAGCCACUGCUUUGGCUUAUGGAAUCUACAAGACAGAUUUGCCUGAAAAUGACCCAAUAAAUGUUGCAUUCGUAGACGUUGGACACUCGAGCUUGCAAGUGUGCAUUGCUGCUUUCAAGAAAGCCCAACUCAAAAUACUGGCUCACUCAUUUGACAGAUGUUUGGGUGGGCGUGAUUUUGAUGAGGUUCUUUUCCAGCAUUUUGCUGCUAAGUUUAAGGAAGAAUAUAAGAUCGAUGUGUUUCAGAAUGCAAGGGCUUGCCUCAGGCUCAGAACAGCAUGUGAGAAGUUGAAGAAGGUUCUCAGUGCUAAUCCAGAGGCACCAUUGAACAUUGAGUGCCUUAUGGAGGAGAAGGAUGUUAGAGGGUUCAUCAAGAGGGAUGAGUUUGAGCAAAUUAGUUUACCAAUAUUGGAGCGUGUGAAGAGGCCUUUGGAAAAGGCUCUUGCAGAAGCGGGUCUUACUGUUGAUGAUAUUCAUACUGUUGAGGUGGUUGGCUCAGGUUCUAGAAUUCCUGCUGUAUUUAAGAUUUUGACCGAGUUCUUUGGGAAGGAUCCUCGCAGAACGAUGAAUGCUAGUGAAUGUGUAGCAAAAGGCUGCGCUCUGCAAUGCGCUAUCCUCAGUCCAACUUUUAAAGUUAAAGAGUUUCAGGUCAAUGAAAGAUUCCCCUUUUCCAUUUCAUUGUCAUGGAAAGCUGUUGCUGCUGAUGGUCAUAAUGGAGCUGCAGAGGGGCAGCAGUCUACUAUAGUAAUUCCCAAAGGGAGUCCUAUUCCCUGUUUAAAGGCUGUAACAAUCAUCCGGUCAGGUACAUUUACUGUUGAUGUGCAGUAUGCUGAUGUUAGUGAGCUGCAGGCCCCAGCAAAGAUCAGCUCCUACACGAUUGGCCCUUUCCAAUCAAGUGGUGGUGAUCGCGCUAAACUUAAGGUCAGAGUGCGGUUAAACCUGCAUGGAAUUGUGGCUAUUGAAUCAGCAACGCUCUUAGAAGAGGAAGAAGUUGAGGUUCCUGUAGUUAAAGAGACUACAAAGGAAGCCACUAAGAUGGAAACUGAUGAUGCUCCAAAUGAGACUUCUACUGGUGAAGCUGAUGUAAAUAUGCAAGAUGCUAGGGAUGCUGCGGGAGCCCCUUCAGCCGAAAAUGGUGCCCCUGAAUCAGGGGAGAAAUCAACACCUGAAGCUGAUGAAAAGCCAGUGCAGAUGGAUACCGAUGCCAAGGCCGAUGCUUUGAAGAAGAAGGUUAAGAAAACAACUGUACCGCUUUCUGAGACGGUAUAUGGUGGUUUGUCACAAGGAGAUGUACAAAAAGCAGUUGAGAAAGAGUUUGAAAUGGCUUUGCAAGAUCGCGUCAUGGAGGAAACAAAGGAUCGAAAAAAUGCUGUGGAGGCCUAUGUCUAUGACAUGAGAAACAAGCUUAAUGACAAACUUUAUGAGUUUGUCACUCCUGCCGAUAAAGACCAGUUUAUUGCUAGACUUCAAGAGGUGGAAGAUUGGUUGUAUGAGGACGGUGAAGAUGAAAUCAAGAGUGUUUAUGUUGCGAAGCUUGAGGAGCUGAAAAAGCAAGGUGAUCCAGUUGAAGAACGAUACAGGGAGCAUAUGGAGCGGGGAAAUGUUGUCAGCCAGUUUACUCAUUGUGUCAAAAGUUAUCGAGAGGCUGCAGUGUCUAACGACACCAAAUUUGAGCACAUUGACCUUCAGGAGAAACAAAAGGUCUUAAAUGCCUGUUCGGAAGCAGAAGCAUGGCUAAGAGAGAAGCAGCAGCAACAGGAAGCACUUCCUAAGUAUGCAACCCCUGUUCUCAGGACAGCGGAGGUGAUUAAGAAGACUGAGGAGGUUGACAGGCUGUGUAGACCAAUAAUGACGAAACCUAAGCCAGCCCCUCCAAAGCCCACUACGCCUGAGCCACAACAGCCUCAAGGAGGUGAGGCCCCCUCUCCCGGUGGGGAGGCCGGUGCUGAUGCUGGUGGUAAUGACAACGAGGCGCCAAAUGCAGAGCCAAUGGACACAGAGAAGCCAGAGACUGCUCCAAGUGGUGCUUAAGUUGGUGUGAUGUAAUUUUUUUGCUUGGAUGAUUUUUUUAUGGGGGUUCGGACCGGAUUUCUGUUCAAAAUUCUAAUUUCUUUUCGAGCCCAAAGACCUCUACGCGGGGCUUACAGGGAGGAGCUGUCAGUACUUAUGUUCUUGAUUUGGUCUAGUAGAUUGUAAUAUUGUUUCCUCAGUAGGGGUGCUUUAUAUCUAUUAUAGUUGUGAAGAGGGUCGUAGGGGGUUCCUCAGAAAUCCAGUUUUAUGGAUGGGUUUUCAAGAGGAUGUUGAGGACUAGAGUACACCUCUUCUCAGUUCUCAUUGUUUUACGUGAAUUUUCUUUUUAUUUCGUUACUGGAAAGUAAUCUUUCUCGGCUAAAUUUGAAGCUUAGUUUAUCGCC